CUGAACCACCAGGCUGGCCGAUACCCACCGGAAGGAUUCUCCACCCGUGACUCUAUUACGUUAUUUAGAAUCGUGGCACGAGAGACCUGCCCAGCCUGCAGCUGCAGAUGCUCAUUUAUGAUGCUGCCUUCUGGAGAUGAGGAGAUGACAGCCAAUUGUUCUAGCAGCCCAGCCUGCCCUGCCAACAGUUCGGAGGAGGAGGUGCAACUGGGACCGGAGUUUCAUGGGAACCUGAAACUUGUUUUCACAGUGGUGUCAGCCGUGAUGGUGGGCCUGAUCAUGUUCUCUUUGGGAUGCUCCGUGGAGAUACAGAAACUAUAUUCGCAUAUCCGGAGGCCUUGGGGCAUUGCUGUGGGACUGCUGUGCCAGUUUGGGCUUAUGCCUCUUAUAGCUUACCUCCUGGCCACCAGCUUCUCUCUCAAGCCAAUCCAAGCUAUUGGUGUGCUCAUCAUGGGAUGCUGCCCAGGAGGUACCAUCUCUAAUAUUUUGACCUUCUGGGUGGAUGGUGAUAUGGAUCUCAGCAUCAGCAUGACCGCCUGCUCCACAGUUGCUGCCCUGGGAUUGAUGCCUCUCUGCCUUUAUUGCUACAGCUGGUCCUGGAACCAUGACCAGAACCUCACCAUCCCCUAUCAGAGCAUAGGAAUUACUCUGGCAUGCCUGACUAUUCCCGUGGCCUUCGGUAUCUACGUGAAUUACAGAUGGUCAGAACACUCCAAAGUCAUUCUCAAGAUUGGAGCCGCUGUCGGCGGGGUGCUCCUCGUGCUGGUUGCCGUGGCUGGUUUGGUGCUGUCGAAAGGAGCCUGGACUUCGGACUUCAAGCUUCUGAUCAUCAGUUUCAUCUUUCCGAAGAUCGGCCAUCUUUCGGGCUUUCUGCUGGCACGUCUGGCCCGCCAGUCUUGGCAGAGGUCCAGGACUAUUUCUUUGGAGACGGGAGCUCAGAAUAUCCAAAUGUGUGUCACCAUGUUGCAGUUAUCGUUCACUGCUGAGCAACUGGGCCAGAUCUUUCACUUCCCCUUGACCUAUGGACUCUUCCAGCUGAUAGAUGGCUUUCUCAUUGUUGCAGCCUACCGGGUAUACAAGAGGGCACUGACAAGCAGGCGGAGGAAUAAGAAUCCAGGUUGUGCAGAAACCUGCCGCGGGAAGAAAACCCCUUCUCCCCAGGAAUCCCGUGCCGUCCUCCAGGGGAAAGAGGAAACCACCACAGUCCCGGGGCCCUCGGAGGCCGAGAAUCUGUUGAGAGACCAGACCAUCCCUCUUCAUGUGACUAGAGGGAAUUCGCUGGCCUGACCAGGCCCUGGUCGUCUUCCGAGGCCCAGGAAGACGGUCCGGAGAGGAUGCAGGCAGGGCCUGUAUGAAUAUUCAAGUGCCAGAUGGUAGGAUAUUUAUACUUUUGUGCAGGGAUUGGAUCCCUUCUUGAAAAUAUAUCCUAUUACUUCCUUUGCCGGGAUCUCUUGUGGGGCAUGUACACAACACAUUCAGAGUUGCCUUGUGUGUUCUUGUGCUCCUAUGCAGGACAGCACGCCUGCCCAUGAGCAAUACCCAUAUUGCAUGCGGUCAUCCUCCCGUGGAGAUUUUAAUCCGACACGAGUUUCUCUGGGGAGGAGGUGUCACCUCAUACUGCCAGGCGAGGACAGGUUCUGGUUUGACAUGACUGUUUGACCUGGCAGCACCUUUGGAGCACUGGGAGGGGACACAUGGCUCAGAGAUGACAUGAAGGCCUUUGACCAAACACUUGUUCUUUUCCAAUACUUGUUCUUCCCCCCAACCCCCCUUGGUUAUUGUUUUUGUCAUUAUAACUGUGAUACUACCUUGGAGGUAAUUUAAAUACCCUGCGCUACCUGGUAAUACAUGGAUUACCUGAUUACUAAGAACCAGAAUCAACCAGAUGGAAACAAGCAAACAAACCCUACAUCAAGUUCAUUGCCAUCAAGUCAAUAACCCACAAUAACCCACUGCACUAUCAGGUCUCCUUAGGUAGAAAUGGGUACAGUUUUUUGGCUUUAUGUAGACACACACACACACACACACACACACACAGUCACCAUAUCGUCUUUAGUGUUUUGUUGGUCACUUUACCUACCAUGUGUUCAGGGACAUCUCUCCCCAUCAGUAUGCAUUGAUCUACCUCAUCCUUCAGUACAGUGACCACUCAGAAGUUUUCUCUAGAAGAACUAUAAUUUAUUUAACUAAUCCGUAGGCCUCGACAGAGAGAGAGCUGUCAAUUGAUCUGUGUGGCAAUGCUGCUAAAACAAGCACCCUGGCAUUUAUGUGGGCAUUUCUAUAGAACCAUCUCUUAUGAGUUGAGUGACUAGGCCAAGCACACACUGGAACACUGGAGAGACAGGACGCUCUCUGGCAGUGCUAACAGCCAUGCCUAAGGGGCCUCGCUUUCCACAGCCUCGCCAGAAUGACAAUGCUUGUGAAAACAUCUCGUCUCAAAUGAUCUGUCAUUGGUGAGAUGGACUGUUUUUUCAUCGUCACGUGCCUACUGCUACAUUUGCCUGCAUUUUCUAAUUGCAGUGCUUCUUCAUAGAUUUAUAGAUUUCACUACAUAGUGAACCCUGACCCUUUGUCCUGUUUUGCUGACAUUUGACCUGCACUGUCCUUUUUGUUUUCUGUAUGCAAGUCCCAUACAUCUUCCUGUGUGUGGAAUUUUUCUAUUUUUUACAUCAUCAGCUUUAUUACUCUUGUUGAGACAAGUGUUUUGAGGUGGAGAUCUGCUACAUGUUUACAGGACUUUAGAGUUUGUGUGUGGACUGUGAAUUGUGUCAGCAUUUUCACUGGAAGAGGUGUGUGAACAGUGUGUUUACUAGCUGCUGUGUGAGUGAUUCUUGUCUUUCCCAUAAGUCAACCAUGCCUGGCAGGAGGUAAGAUCUAUUAUUUCUCUCUGUUCUGACAUUAAAAAAUAAUUUAUCAUGUAUUUAUCCAGUAUUUUAGUGGACUCAAUAUGCACGUAUUAAUCUACUUACAGAUUAUUUUUGUGUAUAGUCUGAAAAAAUCUAAUAUUUUAAGGACUAAUGAAUGAUUCCAGUAUCAUAUAUUGAAGACAUCAGCUUUAUUGAUUUGAAAUGACCCCUCCUUCAUGCAACUUCUUAUAGGAUAUAGUGUUUUGGAAUCCUCUUUGGUUCCAUUAUUCUGUUAUUUGGAAGUUUUGAAAGGCAUGAGAAAGUGCAUUGUCUGAUAUGUGCAUAAGUGCAAGUACAUUUUUAUUCUGUAAAGCUUUUCACAGGUGGGUGGGCUAGUAGAACGACAAUGAAUAUCUCAUGGCAUUUCCACCAUCAUUCAGGGAAGCCCCGCUGGGUCUCAGGCACCCAGUACAUUUUGCAGGGACAAUAAAGGUGCAGAUUUGAGACAUGAUAGCUCAUUCUCAACUGCUGCUUCAACACUUGGGAGUUGCCAGUUAGCCAUUUGACAAAGGUCUCUUUGGUGUGAAGCUCUUUUGUGCACAGGAGUCGUACAAUUGUGACCAAGCAGGUCGGGCAUUCAAGGAUUAUGGUGAUGAUUGCACAACUCUUGGUAGU